GUCCUGUCUGUGCAUAGAUCCUACAUUGGAUUCUUUUUUUACUUAUUACUAGUUUUGAAUGAGAUACAGGUCUUCAAAGAGUGAUGCUACCAUACAUGGUAUCUUUAGCAUAUGAGGUUGCAUUGUAUCCUCACACAUGGGUUAAAGAUUUACUGCUGCCAGUGCUGUAGCUACUCGUAAGGAGGGCGGUGGAGGCUUGAGCGUGUAUUUUCUUUUAGAAUUUAUAUGAACACACUUUUCCACUGAGGCUCAUGAAUUCUUUAUCUUUUAGUUAUGCCGUAACCUAUGGAGGGUUCACUUCUGGGAUUUGAACUAUUUCUGCCUCUUGUCAAAGGCAAACAGGUUGCCCUGACCAAAAUCUAGAUCCAUACAAAGUUAUAUUUGCCCAAUUUUUUGGUUUGUGGUCAAUGUUUUACUUCUGCCAAUCUCCUUGGUCUGUGGUUAUCCAUCUGAUUUUUCUGGGUUCAUAAAGAUUUGGGAUACUUUAGUCCAUUUUUUGAUGUGAGGAAGUUCUCUUAAUGUGAUAGAGUGAUUUUUAAUUAUAUUCUGGCCAGUAGGCACCUCCUCUCCCCAAUUCAAAUGUACAUUGAUGACUAGGUUCCAGAAAACUAACUCUUUCUCUCUUGUCAUGUUCUCACGUAGCCCAGGCUAGCCGUGAACUUCUGCCUCCAAUCUCCCAAGUGCUAGGAUUUCAUAAUGUGCUAUCCCAUUUAGUUCAGUACUACUCUUAUUCUUAAGGAAAUCUGUCCCUUUACUAAAUACUCACAGAAAUGGAUGUUGCCUCUGGGUACCCUAUAUUAGCUUGGUCUCAAUUUUAUAGUAUCUGGCAACUCUGUAUAUUUAAUCAUUAAGAGUCUUUUUGUAUUAUCCCAAGCUGGUCCCAGAUUCCUUUUGCUUCAGUUUCCAUAGUAGCCAGGACUUUGCACUGCACCGUCUCAUCUGCUUGGCAGCUGUUGAUUAGUCUAUUUUUUUUAGGAAGUUACAAUUCUUCCCUAGAGGUGCAUAAUUUUCAUCUUCUUUUCCCUUGUGGGAAAUCUGAAUAGGAUUUAUUUUAUUAUUUUUAGUAAGAACUAAGUUAAUUGUAUAUUCACUUCCAUAUCCUUAUGAAGAUAUAUGGGGCUUAAGUAAUGUUCAUAAAGUAUCAUGUUUGUUAUAUAGUAAGCAGUUAAUAAACGGUAGCUUAUUAUUGUUUACUUAUUUAUUGUCUGCUACGUGAGAAUGUAAAUCUCAAGAAGGUAGCAUCUCGCCUGUCUUCUGUUGUUGGUUUUUUUUUUUUCUUUUCUAAAACAGGGGCUUGUGUAGCCCAUGCUAGUCUCAAAAUCAAAGCAUCUCUCCUGCCCCAGCUUCCAGGGAGCUGGGGUUACAGGUGUGCGCUACUAUGUUCAGCUCCUUGUUUGCCUUGUCAUUUACUAGUUCCUAAAACAAUGCUUAACAUAAUAGUUAUGUGUUGGGGGUGCAUUUGUUUGUUGAGGGGGGCACACGUGAGAAUGCGGAAGUCAGAAUACAACUUGUACAAGUUGGUUUUCUCCUUACAGCAUGCCUUGUGGAUCGGGGGAUUGAACUCAAGUCAUCAGACUUGGCAGCAAGCAUCUUAACCUACUAAGUCAUCUUACCACCCCAGUAGUUAUUUGAAUGGGGCAGCCAUUUUGGGGGGUGCUGAUGGAUACCUGCGGGGUCGGCUAUGUUGCCCUGGGGGAGGCCGACCCCGUGGGGAACAUGAUUGUGGUAGACUCUCCUGAACAAGAACUAAACCAGCUGGAUGUCAAGGCUUCCUCAGAAACAUCCAGUGUGGAGACUUCCAUCGAGAUGUCACUGCCUACUCCUUUGCCUGGGUUUGAGGAUUCUUCUGACAAGAGGCUUCCUCCAGAGCAGGAAAGCCUCGCCAGGUUGGAACAGCAAGAUCUUUCUUCAGAGAUGUCAAAGGUCUCAAACCCUAGGGCCUCAAAGCCUUCCGGGAGGAGAGGUGGUAGGACACCAAGAGGCCCUAAAAGGCCUCAGCAGCGUAAACCUCCAUCCACCCCUCUGGUUCCUGGUCUCUUAGAUCAGUCCAACCCUCUGUCUACCCCCAUGCCUAAGAAACGAAGUCAAAAGUCCAAGGGAGACCUGCUACUUCUGAAGUUGUCCAAAGGCCUAGAUCAGCCAGAGUCUCCACAUCCAAAGAGGCCCCCUGAGGACUUUGAGACCCCUUCUGGGGAACGACCCCGCCGAAGGGCUGCCCAAGUGGCACUUCUGUACCUUCAGGAACUGGCUGAAGAGCUCUCAACAGCCCUGCCUGCUCCGCUGUCAGGUCCUAAGAGUCCCAAGGUGAGCAGCCCCACCAAGCCGAAGAAGACCCGGCAAGCAACCUCUCAGGGUGACGAAGAUGGCAGCGCUCGGGAUGAAGACUUUGUUCUUCAGGUCGAGGGUGAAGAUGAGGAAGAAAGUGAGGCCCCAAGUGAGAACUCCUCUGAUCCUGAGCCUGUUGCACCCCGAAGCACCCCACGAGGACCCACUGCAGGGAAGCAGAAACCACACUGCCGGGGCAUGGCUCCCAAUGGCUUACCCAAUUACAUCAUGGCUCCUGUUUGGAAGUGCCUGCACCUCACCAAGGACCUUCGAGAACAGCAGCAUUCAUUCUGGGAGUUUGCUGAAUGGAUUCCAGUAGCCUGGAAGUGGCAGCUGUUAUCGGAACUUGAAGCAGCUCCUUACCUACCACAGGAGGAGAAGUCACCCCUGUUCUCAGUACACCGUGAAGGAAUUCCUGAGGAUGGCACAAUCUACAGAAUAAACAGAUUUAGCUCGAUCACAGCACACCCAGAGCGCUGGGAUGUGUCCUUCUUCACAGGAGGACCACUCUGGGCUCUGGACUGGUGCCCAGUGCCUGAAGGGUCGGCAGCCUCACAGUAUGUGGCCCUUUUCUCCAGCCCAGACAUGAAUGAGACACAUCCACUGAGCCAGCUUCAUUCAGGCCCUGGGCUGCUGCAGCUCUGGGGCCUUGGGACAUUGCAGCAAGAAAGCUGUCCUGGCAACAGGGCCCACUUUGUCUAUGGGAUUGCCUGUGACAGUGGAUGUAUCUGGGACCUCAAAUUCUGCCCCAGUGGGGCAUGGGAACAUCCAGAAACCCCUCGGAAGGCUCCUCUCCUGCCUCGGCUGGGUCUUUUAGCCCUGGCCUGCUCAGAUGGGAAGGUACUGCUGUUCAGUCUGCCGCAUCCUGAGGCUCUUCUGGCUCAGCAGCCUCCAGAUGCUAUGAAGCCUGCCAUCUACAAGGUACAGUGUUUGGCAACCCUUCAGGUGGGGUCUGUGCAAGCUUCAGACCCCUCUGAGUGUGGUCAGUGCCUUAGCCUGGCUUGGAUGCCUACCAGGCCCCACCACCACCUGGCUGCAGGAUACUAUAAUGGCAUGGUGGUUUUCUGGAAUCUUCCCACUAAUUCACCUCUCCAACGGAUACGUCUCUCUGAUGGCUCCUUAAAGCUGUACCCUUUCCAGUGUUUCCUAGCCCAUGACCAGGCUGUUCGUACAAUUCAGUGGUGCAAAGCUAACAGUCAUUUCCUGGUUUCUGCGGGGAGUGACCGGAAAAUCAAAUUCUGGGAUCUUCGGCGACCUUAUGAACCAAUAAACUGUAUCAAGCGCUUCUUGAGUACAGAGCUUUCCUGGCUGCUCCCCUACAAUGGUGUCACCGUGGCUCAGGACAACUGCUAUGCCUCUUACGGACUCUGUGGAAUUCAUUACAUCGAUGCUGGUUACCUUGGUUUUAAGGCCUACUUUACUGCUCCACGAAAAGGCACCGUCUGGAGUCUUUCAGGUUCAGACUGGCUCGGGACAGUAGCUGCAGGAGAUAUAUCUGGGGAGCUCAUUGCAGCUAUUUUACCUGACAUGGCAUCAAACCCAAUUAAUGUCAAGAAACCUGCAGAAAGAAGAUUUCCUAUCUAUAAAGCAGAUCUGAUAGCAUACCAGGACAGCCCUGAAGACCAAGAUUCCUCGGCCUCCUCUGAAACCCCCAAUCCUCCCAAAGCAAGAACGUACACUGAGACCAUCAAUCACCACUACCUACUCUUUCAGGAUACAGAUCUGAGUUCCUUCCACAAUCUACUCCGUAGAGAACCGAUGCUGCGCAUGCAGGAAGGAGAGGGGCAUUCUCAGCUUUGCCUGGAUAGGCUGCAACUUGAAGCUAUUCACAAGGUACGUUUCAGCCCAAACCUGGACUCCUAUGGAUGGCUGGUAUCUGGGGGGCAGUCAGGGCUGGUUCGGAUCCAUUUUGUUCGUGGACUCACUUCCCCGCUGGCCCACCGUGUACAGCUUGAAAGCCGAGCCCACUUCAAUGCUAUGUUCCAAACCUCCUUUUCAACUGAAGGGCCUGGUUUCUCUCCAACCAGUCAUUGCCUUCCCCCCAAUCCCUAGUCUGGUCCACACAGAACUCUUGGAUUGAAGUCUGCCAAGAACAAAUGGCCCCCAUGCACAGAGCAUAGGACCUGGGCCCUUCCUGGACAGUGAUGGUGCCGGGCCUAGAUCUUUAGGCCUACCUGCCCAGAACUCCUUAAAUCCCUCUCCUUCCACAGACUUCUAUGGUCACAGCUCCCUGCAGGUAGGGGGGCUCCCCCUCCACAACAAUUCCUAUGCCUAAAACCGUGGCUCACAAGAAACACUCAGGCCUGACCUAGGCUUGGGAGUCAAAUUGCUCAUAUUGAGCAUAUUGUGAAGGAGGUAAAGCUAAGUAAAGGUACUGGGUGUUUUUGAGACCACUUGUGAGUGGGUGUUUGGAGAGUCGGAAAGGACCUUCAUGAAGGCUCCUGUCGAAUUCCAGGAUUUGAUGUUAUUGCCUUCCAAUCUUCCUCUUUAGAAUAACCAACACACAGGCCCAAUGGGUGACAGUAAUUUAUUGGACUGAAGCUGCUCGUUAUACUUUAACUGAGGAACAUCCUAAACUCCCUAUCAGUAGGACAGCGACCAGCUCUUAGUUGCUCCUGCUUAUGAAAUAUCCCAAUCAUUGGUCAUUUGACACUACUUGAACACUCCUAGAUAGUAGUGUUUUUAAAAUUUUUGAAGCUGGGUAUAAUGGUGCACACCUGUAAUCCCAGCACUUGGGAGGCUGAGGCAGGAGGAUCAUAAUUUUGCAUUCAGUCUGGGCUAUCUCAUAAAACCAAAAAGUAAGAAAAAAAAUCUUCCUUUAUAUCAAGUCAAGAGUAUACCUCUAUUAAUUUUACUAAUGGUUGUUAGGCGAUAUAGUCAUUCCCUGUGAGUGCCCUUUUCAGUACUUAACAGUAGCUAUCAUGUGUUUCUCAAGUCAUUUUUUUUCUCUAGAUUAAAUAUCUUUAGUUAUUUCAAUCAUUCUUUUACAAGUCAUGAUUUUUGAUCUUUAUGAUAUGGUCACACUGUUGACAUAUUAAACAUGUUUAAACUGUAUAGAAAGUAUUUAGAGCCCAAUAAUGUAUUGUCAUCUGGAUAGAGUCCUCUCGUGGAUAGCUGCACCUCAUAUGACUGAUACUGCCUCAAAAACACAGGCAGCCCAGUGAUGGGAAAUGGUUGAGUCACAGCCAUGGAACACGUAGGGGUACAGACUGAGGUUUGGAAGGAAGUAGUUAGACCAUCUUACUAGGAAAUAGGAAGCAAAUAGGUCGCCUGCUUCCUCUUGAAAGGGAUGCAGUCUAGAUUAGUAUUGCCUGAAACAAACCUGGACUUUAGCAUACUCAAGUCUGGUCUGUCAUAUCUGGGAACAGCUUCUGCCUGAGUAGUAUAGAAGAUUUAUCAAAUACCAGAAAAUCUUUCAGAAGAGAAUCAAGUAGUUCAGUCCCCUUCCUAUACAAACAAGAAAGCAGGCCUGUAGGAAACUCAGGUCCUUAAGCCACAGAAGGACCACAACCCAUGUUGGUGUGAAGGAGCCAAGUGUUGUACCAGUCUGUUGUGAUCCAGCUUAGGCUGUAUCAGGCUUGCUUUUUGAACUAAUAAAGAAGUGCCUUCCAUUGCA